AUGGCCAGCGGACACCCGAACCAAGCUGAGGCAGCGAGAAACUGCGAGAUGUUCCUUCAAAACUUCAUGGACCCGGAGAGUGAUGAUAAGACAAAAUACAUGCGUCAGCUGCAAGAAAUUGCGAAUCGCAGGAGCAAGGUGUUGUCCAUCUCGCUGGAUGAUGUUGAGGCGUUCUUCAUGGAGGUACAGCCGCAGCAGCCAGGCUUCGUUGCGGAGGUUGAGCGCAAUACACGCACAUACCAGAAGCUGAUGGCCGAGGCCGCCGAUCGUCUCAUGCCGGCCCCCGACGUGACCGCCGCGGACGUCAAGAAAGACGUGUACGACAUCCUGUCCGAGCACCGGAAGAUCAUGGAUGGCCAGAUGCGCGCAACAGAAGCGCGCGAGACCGGCCAGGCCAACCACUCGAGUGGCCGCGGCGCGGUGCCUGGCACUGUCCGCGGCGGCUGUCCGGACAUCCUGCUCCGCCGCUUCGACGUGUACUUUGCUCCACGCAGCAAAAUGGCGCCGCUGCCCAUGCGAUCCGUCCGCGCCACCCACCUGGGUCAACUGGUCCGCGUGCGGGGCAUCGUUACUCAUGUUACUGACGUGAAGCCGCUGGUCAGCGUGGUGGCGUACACUGAUCCGGAGACCGGCUUUGAGGUGUACCAGGAGGUGACGGGCCGGACCUUCAAGCCGCUGGACAACGACUCCAAGGAGCGAGCCAAGGUGAACCGUAAGAUGCAGCCCGUAAUGGAGACCCGUGGGUCCAAGUUUGUUAAGUUCCAGGAGGCACGGCUGCAGGAGCUGGCAGAGGAGGUUCCCGAGGGCGCCACCCCCCGCACGCUGUCUAUCCACCUGCUGGGCGAGGUGACCCGCACCAUGAAGCCCGGAGACGAUGUCACCAUCACCGGCAUCUUCCUGCCCGAGCAGUACACCGGCUUCAGGGCCAUGCGGGCUGGUCUGCUGAUGAGCACGUAUCUGGAGGCGCACAAUGUCGUCCAGUCCAAGCGGCAGUACGGCAGUGCCUUUGAGCUGAGCGAAGCGGAGGUGGCCGCUAUCGAGGCGCUUGGGGAGGGAGGCGACGUGUACGGCAGACUGGCACGGUCGAUCGCGCCGGAGAUUUUCGGGAUGGAGGACGUCAAGAAGGCGUUGUUGCUGAUGAUGGUGGGCGGCCAAACUCGGGUCUUCCCGGACGGCCUCAAGCUGCGUGGCGACGUGCACGUGUGCUUGAUGGGUGAUCCCGGUGUGGCCAAGUCGCAGCUGCUCAAGUACGUCAGUCGAGUCAUGCCGCGGGCUGUGUACACGACGGGCAAGGGCUCCUCGGGCGUGGGUCUCACGGCGGCAGUGCUCCGAAACCAGGUUACCAAGGAGCUGGUUCUUGAGGGCGGUGCUCUGGUGCUGGCGGAUAAGGGCGUGUGCUGCAUUGAUGAGUUUGACAAGAUGGAGGAGGGAGACCGAACAGCAAUUCACGAAGUGGGUACGGGUGGGCGGUGGGUGAUGGAGCAGCAGACGGUCUCCAUCGCCAAGGCGGGCAUCACCACUACCCUCAACACGCGCACGACCAUCCUAGCCGCCGCCAACCCGGCGUACGGCAGGUACGACAGGCGCCGUUCGCCUUCGGAAAACAUCAACCUGCCCGCGGCUUUGCUAUCCCGUUUCGACCUGCUUUGGCUGCUGCUGGAUGAGAGCAGCAAGGAGCAGGACACCCGGCUUGCGAACCACAUAGUCAGGCUGCACGUGCUGGGUCGCGUCCCCACUGCGGAGGUGGACGCCCAGGCAGAUCCCGCCGCGGCCCCCAUCCCGUUGCGGCUGCUGCGAGCAUACAUCGGUCAGGCGAGGCAGUACGAGCCGGACGUGCCGGAACAGCUUACCGAGUACAUUGCGUCCUUCUACGCGGAGCUGCGGCAGAUGGAGAAGGCCGCGCUGGGUGCCGCCGCCACCUACACCACCCCCCGUACGCUGCUGUCCAUACUCCGGCUCAGCCAGGCGCUCGCCAAGCUGCGAUUUAGCAACCUCGUAGGCCAGGGGGACGUGGAUGAGGCUCUCCGGCUGAUGCGGCAGAGCAAGGCCUCCCUAGAAAGCUCCGGAACCGGGGGGGCCGCUGGGGACGGCGCCUACGAGGACGCCGUUAGCUUGGUGUACCGGCUGAUCCGAGAGUACAGCAGCCGCACGGGCGAGUUGGAGGUACCGUACGCCAAGAUCCAGGAGCUGACGCAACGGCACAACGUGUCGCGUGACGACAUUGAGGAAUGUGUCACCGAAUACGCCCGUAUUGCGCUAUGGACGGUGGAGCGAGACCAGCUGGGGCAGCCGGUGCUGCACCUGCAGAUUAACGACUCUGCGUUUGCGUGA